AUGUGUGUUACCUAUUGCAAUGGAAACCCUGAAUGCGCUGAUGGUUCCGAUGAGCUCGAUUGUGCUACGGAUGCUCCUGUUAUAACUUCUGACAGUAUUGCUUUUGCUCAAAGUACAGAACCGAGUGGUAAUGGAAACGAACCUGCCAAUGUACCUGGAGGAACAACAGAUAUAAUCGAAACUACUCUUCCACAAGUUACAGUAUUCGAUCGCGAAACUGUACCGACAGAAGAUGUAAAUACAGUCGUUACUCAACAAUCAACUGCCGGAGAAGCACAAGAAGCAACAACCGUUCUUGCCGACGCUACCGCAGCUGCUGCUGCUGAUGCUACAGCAGCUUCUCCUACUGCUGACGCUACAACAGCUGCUGGCGCUGAUGCUAAUGCUGAUGAUACAACAGCUGGUGCUGAUGCUGCAACAACUGCUGCUGGCGCUGAUGCUAAUGCCGAUGCUACAACAGCUGCCGCUGCGGCUGCUGAUGAUGCUACAACCGCCGCUGCUGGUGAUGCUGAUGCUACAGUAGCUCCUACUGCUGCUGAUGCUACAACGGCUGCUGCUGAAGCUGAUGCUACAACAGGUGCCUCUGCUGAUGCUGAUGCUACAGCAGCUUCUGCUGCUGCUGAUGCUACAACGGCUGCUGCUGAUGCUGAUGCUACAACAGGUGUCGCUGAUGCUGAUGCUACAACAGGUGCCGCUGAUGCUGAUGCUACGACUGAAGCAGCCGAAAGUGGUGUCACUGGUGAUACUACUAGUGGUAGUGACGGAGCAGCAACAACUGCUGACGCCAAUGUUGAAACAUCAACUGGUGCAGAUGACUUAACAUCAGCUAAACCGGGAAAUGGCCAUGUAACUGAAGAUGAAAGCAGUACAGCUGGUGUUACUGGAGAUGACACAAGUGCUCAUGAUGUAUCCGAUCAAGUUACAACUGUUGAAGCUGCUACUACGGAUUCAAAUACAGCAACAACUGCUGGUGAUGCAACUACAGCAGAUGAUACUUCUGAUGUAACAACAGAUUCAUCAACUGAUGCUGCAAAUGGACAUGAUGUAUCAGCAACAACAGUAAAAGAAGAUACAACAGCAGCACCUGUUCAACCAGAACCUAGUGGCAGAGUUGAACUUCGUGUUGUUGUUAGUCCAGAAAUACUUGAGGUACAACGUGGUCAAACUUAUGAAUUGACUUGUACUGUUUAUGGUGCUGAUGCAAGCACAACUAUUUAUUGGAUUCAAGAAGAACCGGAACGACGUUACGCUCUAACGGAUCCAGCUGGACCAGAUGAUAAACAAGUAACACUAUCACAAGUAUCAUUAAAAGCACGUAUUACAAUUGACGAUCCAAGUAAAAUCGGUAAAUAUACAUGUAUGGCACAAGAUACAGCUGGUAAUAGUGGUGCAGCUAUUCUUACUAUGGAAGAAGGCCGUUAUUAUCCUCCAGUAUAUCCACCAGUAUAUCCACCAAUUGUACCUGGAGGAGGUGGUCAAGGAUAUUUACGUAUUGUUGCACCUGAUAUGGCUGAAGGUGAUUAUGUAGAAAUUCAAUGUGAAAAUGCUAAACCAGAAGAUGAAGGACGUAUUCAAUGGUUUUUUAAUAAUCGACUUCUUAGCGAUGAACAACCACUUUAUCCACGUGGUAAAACUCUUCAUAUUCGUCCUAUUUCAAGACCUUAUUUGGGAAAUUAUCGUUGUUCAAUUCCGGGUAGUGGGUAUGCUGAUGGAAUUAGUGUUCUUACUUUUGGAGGUCCAGUUCCAACAACAACUGUUCCAAGCUAUCCUUCUGCAUUUACAGUAACAAUUGAUAUUGUUCAAGGACAAACUGCUCAAGGACAAGCACAAGAAAAUACACAAGUCAUCCUUCGAUGUCGACCAAGUGAACAAGCUACUAGUUAUCGAUGGACAUUUACAUCUAGCCAAGGACCAGACAAUCGUGGUUACACAGAUCAAUUAGUUAUUCCUCGAGUUACUCUUCAAGAUUCUGGUGUAUACACAUGUGAAGCAACUAGUACUCGUGGUCAAACGGCACGUGGCACAGUCAAUCUUUAUGUUAAUGCUGGUCCUCAACAACCAAUAGCUGGUCGAUGUGGUGUUGAUGAAGCUACUUGUCGUAAUGGUCGAUGUAUUCCUCGUGCAUAUCUUUUUGAUGGUAAAAAUGAUUGUGGUGAUAAUAGUGAUGAGGGCACUGGAAGUAGUGAUGCAUGUCAACCAAAUGAAAUUGGUUGUACUAAUGCCGAUCGUGGACGAAAAUGUGUACAGAAAUUUUGGAUGUGUGAUGGUGAUCGUGAUUGUGAUGAUGGAAGUGAUGAAGAUCAACGUUAUUGUGAAAUACUUCCUCGUCAACGUUAUUGUAAACCAAGUGAAUUUCAUUGUGGUGGUUCAAAUGCUACAACACCAAAUCCAAUAUGCAUUCCACGAUCAUUUCAAUGUGAUGGUUAUAAUGAUUGUCCUGAUCGUUCGGAUGAAGUCGGCUGUGUUAAACCAAUUGUUGUUUCGGCACCACAACGUCAAAUUCAAGUUCAUGUUGGCCAAACAUUAACUAUUCAAUGUAUAGCUCGUGGUUCACCAGCACCAUAUAUCAAUUGGCGUCUCAAUUGGGGACAUGUAUGUGGUGAUGGUUCGGAUAAUGGACGAUGUACAAUGGCACAAACUGUAGAUCCAAAUGAUCCACAUCUUAUCACUGGCACACUUACUGUUCGUAAUGUUAUUUCAUCUGAUGGUGGUGCUUAUUCAUGUGAAGCACUUAACAAUCAAGGAUUUAUUUUUGCUAUUCCGGAUGCAAUUGUUGAUGUUAUUAUUGUUUCAGGCCCUCCACCAACACCAGCACCACUCCAAUGUAACUGCCAUGGUCAUUCAUCAUAUUGUACAUCUACUGGACAAUGUCUUAAUUGUCAACAUAAUACUGCUGGUUAUAGUUGUGAAUUCUGUGCACCAGGUUAUCAAGGUGAUGCUCGUCGAGGUACACCAUAUGAUUGUCAACCGGUUACAGCUGCACCACCAACAUCACGUUGUAAUCCAGCUGGUACACAUAUGGAUCGUGGUGAUCGUUGUAUUUGUAAAUACAAUGUUGAAGGUGCUCGAUGUGAUCAAUGUAAACGUAGUCAUUUCUAUUUGAAUCCAACAACACCAAAUGGUUGUUUACCAUGUUUCUGUUCGGGUGUAUCAACUGAUUGUACUUCAACGGAUUGGCGACGACAACCUAUUCCACUUCCAUUAAAUAACUGGAAUGUUGUACCAAAAACAUUUGCUACCGAUCCAUAUGAAGCACGUGAUCGUAUACAACAACGUCAUGGUGGACGUGAAAUAGCUCUCGAUCAAAGUUCUUUAGGACGAUCAGCUAAUGAAGUUCUUUAUUGGAAAGCACCAAAAGAAACACUUGGAAAUGUUGUUACAUUAUAUGAUGGUAAUAUUGAUAUUCAUUUUACAAACGAUGGUAAUGAUAAUGAAGCACCAAGUAAUGAUGAAUUUAUAUGGUUACGUGGCAAUAAUAUUGAUCUUGUUCAUAAACUUCCACAAAAUCAACGAUUUAAAGCUAAUUCAAAUGCUACUUAUUCGGUACCAUGUAAUGAAAGAACAUUUACACGUAAAGAUGGAACAUAUAUUGAUCGGGAAAAUAUUCUUAUGGCUCUAUCAGAUUUGGAUACAUUACUUGUUAAAAUAAAUCCAAUUGGUGGUCGACGUAAUGCUGUACUUCGUGGUGUUACUUUAAAUGUUGCUGCUCGUGAUGGUUAUACAGAUCCAGCACCAACAGUUGAAUCAUGUCGUUGUCCAGCUAAUUAUACGGGUACAUCAUGUGAAAAAUGUGCUGAAGGUUAUGGUCGUCCACAUCCAUUAGUUGGUAUUUAUUUGGGUCAAUGUUGGUCAUGUCGAUCAUUAUGUAAUGAUCGAUCAGAUAGAUGUGAUCGAGAUACUGGCAGAUGUCUUGAUUGUCAAGCUAAUAGUGAAGGUGAUCGAUGUGAACGAUGUCGUCCUGGUUAUAUACUCGAUCCACGAUUGAAUCAAUGUACAAGAGAUGAGCAAUAUCCAUCUUAUCCAGUACCACCAUAUGAACCUGCUCCAAGAGGUGCUUAUUAUGUCGACCAACGACCUUAUGAUACACGUGGUACAACUCCAUUAACCAUUGUUUUAGAUGGUAAUCUACCAGAACAACAUGUUCCACUUCAAGUUCUUAAUGCUCAACCACGAUCAGUUGUAUGGGGUCGUACUGAUGGUAGUCCACUACCAGCCAAUGUUGUUCAAGAAGGCAAUGAUCUCGUUUUCCGUAAUCCAUCAGCUGAACAAGCUGGAAAUUAUAUUUGCACAAUAACUCAUCCUGAUGGUUUUAUUGAACGUAUUGCUAUUUAUUUAGAUUAUCGUCCAGGUCAACGACAACCUAUUAGUCCUCCUUUUGCUUAUCCAGUAUUUAGUCCACCAAGUCCACUGACAAUACUUGAAGGUGAUAAUCAAUUCAUACAACCUCAAGGUGCACUUUAUCAAGUUUACUGGCGUCGCGAUGGUGGCCAACCACUACCACUAGGUAUAACUCAAAAUGGCAAUGGUUUACAAAUAACUGAUGCACGAUCGGAACAUUCGGGUACUUACUAUUGUGAAGUAUAUGGAAAUGAUGGCUCACGUGUAUCUAUUCCAUAUGAGCUUCGUGUUCAACGUAUAGAGCGACCCCGUCCUGUUGAUCGACCACAUGCAAGCACUGUUGGCGCACCAAAAAUAACUAUUGAACCAAGAGUAAUUAAUUUAAAAGAAGGUCAACGUAUGAUUGUUCAAUAUACAGUUAGCUCACACGAUCCAAUUGAAGUCAAAUGGAAUAAAUGGACAGACCAAGGUUAUCAACCAAUUUCAGCAUUGUUCACUGUUGAACCAAACCGUCUUGUACUUAAUCGUGCAACACCUGAAGCAGCUGGUACAUAUCAAGUUGUUGUAAGUAAUGCACAUGGUGAAGAUCGACAAGAAUUACGUAUUAAUGUUGAACCACGACGUGGCCGAGGACGUGAACAACAAGCUGGUGCACCACGAAUUCAAUUUUCACAAGAUCAUUAUGAUAUAAGUGCUGGUCAAGUGAUCGAUAUUGUACCAACUAUUUCUGGGGCAAGUGGAGCAAAAGCAACUUGGUCAAAAGAUGGCUCAGGAUAUUUACCUGAAGGUGUCAUUGCACGUAAUGAUGGAGCUUUACGUGUUGAAGGACGAUCAAAUAAUGUUGAUGGACGAUAUACACUUGAUGUCACAAAUGCUUAUGGUCGUGUAUCGGCACCAAUUGUUAUUCGAUGGAGAGAAACAGCUGGUACACAAAGUGCUCAUGCUGCUUCACAAGGUGGUCACGUUAAUCAAAAUCGAAGAGUUCACUGGAAUGUUCAAAGAGUAGAUUUACAUGAAGGUCGUCGUCUUGAAGCUGCUUGUCGAGGUGAUGUUGAUCCAUUAUCACUUCGUUUGGAUGUUACACGUCAUAAUGGUCAACAGCGUGAACCAGUACCACUCGGUCUUUCGUUUUCAAAUGGUUAUUUAUCAUUGGGUGCUGUUACAGUACAAGACAGUGGACUUGAAUUUACUUGCUCAUCAGCAAAUGAUUCUGAUACCUUAACGCUUACUGUUCGCCCAUCGAGUCAUGGACAAGAUGGUGGUCGUAGUUUUAUUGAUGUACGUCUUGAACCACGUGAUGAACAAAGCCAUCAAAUUGGACGUGAAAUUUAUUUACAAUGCGCAGUUCAAGGAAGCGUUGAACGUCCAUAUGAAUAUACAUUUACCAAAGAUGGUCAACCAUUGGAAAACAAUGUUGAGGUACAUCCAAAUGGUUUAUUAAUUAUUCGUAAUGCUCAAGCAAGUGAUGCUGGACGUUAUCGAUGUGAAGUAAGCUUUCCACGUGCACCAGAAGCUGGAAUACAAGAGAGCAGUUAUGAUCUUCGAAUUGAAGGUGGUUCCGCUGGAGGUUACGAUCAAAGUUUUCAAUCUGGUGGUGAAUAUCAACCACAAGCUGAAUACAUUGAAGUAACUAUUGAACCAAGUGAAGUAACUCUUGGACGUGGUGAAAAAGCCAAUCUAACGUGCCGUGUUAAAGGUGCUCAACAAUACACUAUAACAUGGGCUAAAUAUGCACAUGAUACAAGUUUACCAAAUUAUGCUCGUCAACAAGGAAAUAGUGUUAUAUUAGCUCCAACUGAAGAUUCACCUGCUGAACAAAUGUAUUUACAAUGUUCAGUAGCAGUACCUGGUCAACCUCAACCAUAUCACGGUUAUGCACCAGUUACUCUUCGGGCAAAUGAUGAAUUACUUAUCUCCCAAAACGUUACAGUCACAUUAUGUGGUAUGGUUAGUACUUGUACUAACACAAAAGUUAUGUCUAUUGGAACACUUAUGGGAAUAGUUGUUGGACAUUUAGCACUAUUAGUUAUUAUCAUUAUUGUUAUCGUUGAAAACAGACGUAUUCUUCAAGCUUUUGCCAUGUCAAUUAGUAGCUUCUCAAAUUUAAGUACUGGGGAAAUUAUUGGUAUUGUUGUGGGUAUUGUAUUGGCAGUUGUUGCUGUUAUUGGAAUUCUUCUGACUAUAUGUGUUUUGUGUUGUAAAAGCGAUAAACCAUCACAAGUACAACCAUAUUCUUCAUAUCAAUAUCAACAAAAUCCUUAUGGUCAACCGAUGAGGCAAGGUUAUUAUUCACAACAACAGUCUUGGCCUCCACAACAACAACGUUGGAACCCACAGCCAAUGAAUUAUGUACAAAAUCCUGGUUACUAUAAUUCACAAUCAAAUUAUUAA